GUAAAAGCGAGCAAAGCAUUGUACGGGUUCGAGUAACACUCUUAAAUUCCAAUCUGCUCUUCUAUCUUGCUCCGAGUUCUCUCGUCCGAUUAGGGUUAGGGUUUUACCAUUUCGUCUUUCGGAACUGCUACGCUUCUUUUCUCUGGAGCCAUGGAGUCUACUCAAGUGAUCAAGGUCAAGUAUGGAGAUACCCUCCGGCGAUUCACUGCUGGCAUCACUGAUAAUCACCUGGAUUUUGACAUGGCUGGUUUGAGGGCCAAGAUACUUUCUCUUUUCAAUUUAACUUCUGAUGCAAACUUUGAGCUUAAGUAUGUUGAUGAAGAUGGCGACUUGGUGACACUUGUGGAUGAUGAUGAUUUGCAUGAUGCAAUGAAGCAGCGCCUGAAAUUCUUGAGAAUUGAUGUGCAUAUCAGCAAUGACAGUGGUGCUAAGUCAUGUUCCAGCUUCACUUCCAGUGGAAGUGACACUACCUUAAAAAGUAGCGAUCAUGAAAAUUCUUCCUCCACAGCAAGAGGUCCACGGCGGAUUAUACGAGUGAGAUCUUCCAAAGCCAAUAGUCAACCUGCUGAGUCUGAAAAUGGAAAAUUUGGGACAGAGCCGAUGUCUGAGGCUCUUCAGAAGUUGGCAAAAUCAAGAGUUACAACUGGGAAUGCAACUUCUGCCAAUGGCAGUCAACAGGUGGAUACUGAAAAUGCAAGUGGAGCUACACCUGUUGUCAAAGCCUCAGUGACUGGGAACCCAACUUCAUCUGAUGCCAAUCAACAGGUAGAGGCUGAAAAUGCAUCUAGAGCUGUACCUCUUGUUAUAGCUCAUGAUGCUUUGAAUUCUGUCCCAGAGCCCCUGCGGGAAUCUGUUUCCAAGUUAAUUACUGAGUUGCUUACUUCAAGCCCGGUGAUUGCUCAGGCUGUUGAUUCAGCUUCCAAAACAGCAAAUUUUUCGUUCAAAAAAUGGCAGGCUAUUGCUGCAGCUGCUUCAAGUUCAAAAAAUGGUCUCCCUGGAAAAUCUUCCUCUCCCAAGGCAAGAGAUGCAGGUUCUACAUCUGGGGUUGCAGCUUCCAAUGCUAGCCAAACGGUGGAAUCUGAAAAUGUAGCUAAAUCUGUAGCUAUGGUUGUUACUCCAGAUUCUCUGAAGUCUCUGCCAGAAAACCUGUGCGAUGCUGUUUCUAAGUUUACAACCGACUUGCUGUCUUAUGGACCAGUGGCUGCUAAUAUUGCAGAUUCCAUUUCCAAAAUGGGAAUUCCAAGUCCUUAUUUCCAGGCUCAUGUUUCAGCUGGUGUAAAUUCACAGAAUGGCAUUCCAGGAGGAUCUGUUCCUUCUGAAGCAAGGAGAUCAGAGUCUGUCCAGGUGGAUUCCACUUCUACUGCUGGGCAACAGGUGGGAGCUGGAAAUCCAGAUAAAGGUUUUGUGCCAGGAGUUGCCCCAGUUGAUCUCAAUAUACUUCCCAGUGAUCCCGGUGCAUCUCACACCGCUGAUAUGAAUGCUACACCAAUUGCACCAGCAGUCCCUGAUGGUGAUGGCAAGAAGGGUAAAAAGUGUACUGAUGUUAGUUCAAGUAGCAAGGAUGAAAGUAUGGGGGUAUCUCCAAUUAAUGCUGCUCUUAAUAACUUCCCAACCCAGAUACCUCCAAAUUAUACUCCUUCCUAUUAUUAUCCGUUUAUGGGAGUGCAUCCUGAAUCAUCAUCCCAACUCAGAAGGCAAUUUUUUCGCUCAAUGAAAAAGAGCCCAAAUUCCGCCGAGGCUAGUGGCAUGUUCCACAAAGGAGUUCGCUGUGAUGGUUGUGGUGUCUAUCCCAUUACUGGACCUCGCUUUAAAUCCAAAGUGAAAGAAAAUUAUGAUCUCUGCAGCAUCUGCUUCAUUAAAAUGGGCAAUGAGAUGGAUUAUAUCAAAAUAGACCGUCCUGUGCAUCAUUCCCCACCAUUCUCCUCGGGUGCAUAUGAACAUCCAUCUUGUUUUAUGGGGCCACCAAUGCCAAGACCUUUAGUGAUGCAACCACCUCUGAUGGGUUCCCCAACAUCGCCACAUGCUUUUAGACCAGAGGCUUUGUUCAGGGAGGUCACCAAACAUGUAAAGCCAAAGCUGGAUAGUCGAUUUGUUUUGGACGUCAAUGUGAUAGAUGGUACAAUGAUGGCUCCAUCUACUACAUUUACAAAAAUCUGGCGGAUGCGCAACAAUGGCACUGUAGUGUGGCCCAAGGGGUCUCAACUAGUUUGGAUUGGAGGAGAUCACUUAUCUGAGUCUCAUUCAGUUUACUUAGAGGUUUGCUGAAACUCCCAUGGUUUACUCUUUUAUUCUUUUUUGAGAUAUUUAUUUGCAUGGCAGUGUUUUGAGUGCUCUCCUGGUCGUUACGUUUCAUACUGGAGGAUGGCAUCUCCAUCUGGACACAAAUUUGGCCAGCGUGUUUGGGUACUCAUUCAGGUUGAUGCUUCCCUCAAGGAUUCUUUUUAUGAUAGCUCUCAAGGUCUGAACUUGAAUGUUCCUCUUGAUGUUAGUGGCUCUGGAGGGCCCCAAACUAUAGAUAUUAAUGUUCAACCUCUUGAGGAUGAUGCAUUUCUUCAAAACCUGAAUCCUAUUGCUCCCACCAAAGCUGUGAAUCCAAUGGCUGAUAAACAACCAAGGCAGGAACUGGAAAAUAGACUCCUCCCUGUUGAUGCUACAUUUGUUGGCCCCGUUGCAUCCUCUCCUGCAAUUUCUUCAGCUGCUGCUUAUUGUGCCUCAGCCCCUGCAACUGCUGCAACAUCUUCAGAUGCUUCCUAUCCCAUUAUUGAUCUAUCUGAAACAGCCCCAACUGCAACGUCUGAUCAGCAAUUCUCGGCUGUCGAUACACAGUCAACAUCCAUGGGAUUGGGAGGAAAUGGUUCUGUCGAAGAGACACUCCUUAAAGAACUGGAGGAGAUGGGUUUCAAGCAGGUUGACUUGAAUAAAGAGAUCUUGAGGAUGAACGAGUACAAUCUGGAGCAGUCUGUGGAUGAUCUCUGCGGUGUUUCUGAGUGGGACCCUAUCCUUGAGGAGCUGCAAGAGAUGGGAUUCCGUGACAACGAGAUGAACAAGAGGCUGCUCAAGAAGAAUAAUGGAAGCAUCAAGCGCGUUGUUAUGGAUUUAAUCAAUGGAGGAGAAUAGGCUUAUCUGAAGUAUUUCUUAUAUAUAUACGCUAAUACUAAUAAACAAAAUAAGUGUCAAUCAUGCUACUAUAUAUAUUCGCCAGGUACUUUUAAUUGUCUCCUUAGAUCUUAGUUGAAGUUGCGCUGUCGAGCUAUUUACAACAGCUUUUGGUUAUUUUGGGGUUAUGUAUUAUGAAUUUUUUUCCCCCGGACAAGAUUAUGUAUGAUGUUGACUUUGCUUUAAUAUGUAUAUAUUAUAUUAAGCUUAUAUGUA